AUGUUCUCCGUUCGCGCUCUUGUCAUCGCUGCUACUGCUGCGCUCGUCGGUUCCACGGCUGCCAACGAGGCCGCGGGAGCUGCCAAGCUGCCGGUGUUCUUCUUCCACGGCGCUACGGGUAACACCACCAAUGGUGCCGUGAUUGAAGCCAAUUUGACGGCAGACGGACGUACUUACACUGCGCUCGACUUCUGCUCCAACGCGUGCUCUGUCCGUACCGCCCUGUCCAAGCAGGUGCAGAUGGCCAUCAAGCAAGUGCGUGAAAUCGUCGCCAAGGAUACCGCCGCGUACGCGAAUGGUUACCACUUCCUCGCUCACUCGCAAGGUGGCUCUGUCGCUCGUGGUGUCAUCGAAGAAAUGGACGACCACAGUGUUCACUCGUUCAUCAGUCUGGCUGGCGACGGCAACGGUAACUUCUUCGGUCCUCAAGCUUCGGAUGCUCUUCCUCUUCAGGUGCUACUGAAGGCUCUGGGCCCGUUCGCUAUCGACGCCACCGACUUCGACUUCGCUAAGUACGCUGCGGACUCCACGUCGUGGAAGGGCAAGUUCCAGCGCGAUCUGGUGGAACUGGUGACCACGAACGAGGCUCUUCAGGGCAAAAGCUCGAUUGCCAACAUUAUUAAUCCUCCCUUGGAUAAGGCUGCGUUGGCCAACUGGCUGAGCAUUGACCCGUUCCUCCCCAAGGUGAACAACCUACAGGAUUGCGGUACUGACGCUAUUAAUACCUGCGUGGCUGACCAGAAGCGCCGCAAAGAGAACUUUGUCAAGCUCAAAGCUGCUCACUUCUUUGCAUCUCCCCAGGACGACGUCCAGGCGCCGUGGCAGAGCUGUUUGCUGGGCAAGUACACGACGGUCGCAACGCUUGAUGAGGUUGAGACCAAGUUCGCCGACUAUACCAUCGUCGGUAUGAAGGAUACCGUCGAGUACACGGACGACCUGUACGGUCUGAAGACCUUGGACACUGCUGGUGCCCUCCACAUUCAUGAAGUGGCUGAUGUACCACACAACUGCUGGUUGUUCGACUACACCUCCCCCACGGAUGUGGCCUGCAAGCACGCCCCCGUGUACAAUAAUGAGAUAUAUCCCCUGCUUGUGUAG